GAUAACGCAGGUACCGCAUGCGCACAGACAGUUCGAGAGUAAAAUGUUAGCGCAUGGAUCUCCCACUCUCAGUGAUCAUAUCAUAUCAACAGUUAUACGGCUUAUAAGACCGUUCUAUGUGCUUUUAUAUUCUAGUUUCUUGUUGCGUUGCAACGGAAAUAACAUCAAGUUUAUGCAGAAAAAAAAGAGAUAACAGAAUAACAUUUUUAAAAAGUGAAUUUUAUCUCUGGAUUGUAGGAGUGGUUUCACGUGUGUGAAAAUGGCCAGAAAUUAUUCGGGCAGCGUCGAAACUGUACUAGGCAGUAAACCAUUGUCCGAGCUCGGCAGAACGCUAACGCACGAGCACCUCGCUCUCGAUUUUUGCAAGUUUUACGUAGCGCCACCGAGACACAUCAAACACAUACCCGACGGUAAUAAUUUGUCUCUUCGUAACGUUGGAUAUCUUCGUCAGUAUCCAUACAGCAGCUUGUAUAAUCUGGAGUUUCGAGACAAAGACGCGGCAGAGGCUGUCAAAAUAGAUGUGGAAUUGUACAAAGAAGCCGGCGGUGGAACCAUCGUGGAGAAUAGCAGCCACGGGUUGAACCGCAACAUUCCUUUGAUGAAGCAAAUAAGUCAGUCCACGGGUGUUAAUGUAAUCGCUGGAACUGGAUUUUACGUCGCCUGCAUGCAACAAGCAUCAACGCUCAAUAUGACCAAAGAAGACAUGUACAAUCUAAUGCGCCAAGAGUUGGAGGAAGGUUGCGUGGAGUGUCCCGAGGUAAAGGCGGGAUGUAUCGGAGAAGUGGGCAGUUCUUGGCCAAUUGAAGAUUUCGAGAAACGCGCCAUUCGCGCGACCGGCGAGUUGCAAGAACAAUUGCGUUGUCCCGUGAGCUUUCAUCCCGGAAGGGAUGCGUCCGCACCCGCGGAGAUACUGCGGUUGUAUCAAGAGGCCGGUGGCAAUUCCGAAAAAGCGAUCAUGUCCCAUAUCGAUCGUACCUUAAACGAGGAACAGCUUCUGGAGUUUGCCGACGCCACCAAAUGUUACAUUCAGUUCGAUCUGUUUGGCGUCGAGUGCUCCUACUACCAGCUGAAUCCAUUGGUCGCCAUGCCGUCAGACGCGCAGCGUGUCGACCUUGUCGCGCUAUUGAAGAAGGAAAAUCAACUGCAUCGGGUUCUCAUGAGUCACGAUAUUCACACCAAACACAGACUGAUACAAUUUGGUGGCCACGGAUACUCCCACAUCAUAAAUAACGUGGUGCCUGUCAUGAUAAUCAGGGGCUUCACGACGGAAGAGACUGAACUGCUGACGAUUGAAAAUCCCAAAAGAUGGCUUGCCCGACAAUGAUCCGUUGAAUAUACAAAAAAUACAAUAAUAAAGUGAUUUAAGGUACUUAUAAGUUACUUAUUGUUAUACAGAGAAAUAAGUGCUUUAUAUUUGCAUCUGGGUUUAUGCACAUUUUAUUUUUUAUGCACGUGGUCGGAGUUAAAGGGUUAAGUGUGUGAUUGACGCAUCCAGAGAUUAUUAACGAGGCAAAUAAAUUUGCUUAUGAUUGCCGAGAAAAUAUAUGAUUGAGAAAGAAUAA